AUGCUCGGAAAACGCGAUGCAGCAUCCCGCAGACUGGCGUGCCUUGCACAAAUUGCGCCAUCGAUAGCGUCGACUGUCAGUUACGCCAACGACGGCGACCCUCAAAGCAUAGGCCUGGUGGCCGACGUUUGCCAACCAGAACGCCCGGGAAAGAGCGGGCAUUUCCUCGUUGCAUCACUGACGAGCCCGGAGCUUGAUAUACCGACUACAGACUUCUUGAAGAGCCGAGGGGUCUUUGAGCUGCCGCCGCAAGACGUUUGCAGUCGCCUGGUGCGGCUCUAUUUCCACCAUGCGCACCCUUUCUUCCCGGUGAUCGAUGCAUCGGCAUUUCUCGACGUUUUCGAGAACAUCGGGGCACAAAAGCUCAGUCUCCACCUUCUUUGGAGCGUGUUCCUUGCGGCUGCCAAUGCAAGUAUCCCCAUCCCUUGCCCGGGUUUCUCUGUUUUCGCCGAGGAUGACAUUCUGCGUUUGACCGGGUUUUCUUCGCGCAAAGCCAUGAAGAAGGCCAUGUUUUUGAGAUCCAAGGCUCUUUACGAUGCGGAGUACGAGCGAAACAAGACCACCCGUAUCCAAGCAAACUUGCUGAUGGGUUUCUGGUACGCCGACACCGAAGACAGGCUCGGGCCAUGGCACUGGAACGCGAAGCUGGAUCCUCGGGAGUUAGGUGAGGCCUGGGAGAGGAUACCCAUCUCGAGACGCCAAAAAUACUUUCCCGUCCAGAUGGAGGCCAUGAUCCCGCUCUGGGUGGACUUGGUUGAUAUCACCAUACAUCAAGCAGAGAUUCUGUCCGUCCAGCAUAGGGUCCUAUCGGUUCGGCAAAGCACACCUGAAGUCGAAAGGAUAGAAGCAACUCGGGCAUUACUGACCCUUUACCGUCCUUUCAUGCUCGUGGACCUUGGCAUGUUACCUCCCUUGGAUGGUGAUACCUCGGAACGACCCAUCAACGCCACGAAGAAGUUGAGAACGGUCGCCCAGCACACCAACAACAUUCUGGGAAACUUGAUCGUUCAUGACAUGCUCAAGGUGUCGCAGGCUUUGAUCUGUAUCGCAAUCGUUCCCGCCUUGUUGACGCACCUCUUGCACGCAUCAUCGGCGGAAAAAGCCGCCCGCCAACUUGGCUGGCACUACCUGGCACUAUGCAUGAUGGCCGUAGAGGAGCUGCGCAAGACAUACUUUGGCGCCGAAAUCCUCUUCAAGCUGUUCACGCGUGCACAGGAGAAGAUGCAGAGCCAGCACUCUUCGCGGGCUGUUCCCUCCAGAACGGAUUCGGUCGCGGAAUCUCCGCGAAGAAACACCCAUCAGCCCAGGCCGUUGAGUCCGCCACCUCCGAAUACAACGUGGACUGCGGGGGGCAGCAGCCUCGUAAGCCCAACUGACAAUAUCAUGUCCGAGAAUUACGAUGUUGAGUGGAUUCUCAGCCAAUGCAUGUUUCCGGACCUCUCAAGCGUGGCAACAUGGGACCAACAACAGGACACCACUCUUCCUGAAGCAUUCAAUCCCUAA